UUCCGAGCUAAUCGAAAAAGGAAUGGAUAAAGGAGAAUAAAAAAAGCUCCAAAUUUGGCGCGCACUGCAGACGAAAUUGAAAGGUUGUGACAACCUAGUCACAUGAUGACUACAGUAUUAAAUAAUUAUCGCUUCAUUACUCAUAUACCUGUCAUUUGAAAAAAUUGUCGACAAUUAUUGAGAGAUCAUUACGUAAACGUGUGCCGUGCGCCGAAUCACAAGAGAAGUCUAAAAUAAAUCGCCUUGGCUGAGACAGAUUAUUAUUUAUCUCAUUUUGUAAACAUCUAAAUGAUGGCUUGUCAUUUGAUUAAAUCCCCAACUGCCAAUAGUAUUAAUCACUGGAUCUCUCGAACCUGUCAAAUUGUCAUAGCACGUGCGUUUGCUGAUGAUUUAUUAUCAAAAGGAGGACCUAUUGAGGUUUUGAGGAAUCGAAUAGCCAAAGGGGAACUCGUUGAGGAUGACUAUCAGAUGAAAAUUACUGAGAACCUUCAAACUGUAUUUGAACGUGUUCAUAAAUAUGAACCAGAGAAGCCGGGAUUUUUUUCCAAGUUCAUUGGAAAGGGAAAAAGAAGAAAAAAACCUCCGAAGGGAUUGUACCUUUAUGGGGCUGUUGGUGGAGGUAAAACAAUGUUGAUGGAUCUAUUUUAUGACUGCUGUCAGGUUGACAAGAAACAAAGGGUUCACUUUCAUUCCUUCAUGCUGGAUGUGCACAGUAAAAUUCACGAGGUGAAAAAGGGAAUGAAGAGAGACUACAGUAGUACAAAACUACAACCGUUUGAUCCAAUACCUCCAGUAGCUGAUAUGAUAACAGAGAGAGCAUGGCUCCUCUGUUUCGAUGAAUUUCAAGUGACAGACGUUGCAGACGCUAUGAUCUUGAAACGACUAUUCACGUGUCUUUUUGAAAAUGGAAUGACAGUGGUGGCCACCAGUAAUAGAUCACCGGACGAUUUAUACAAAAAUGGACUGCAAAGGGGAAACUUUUUGCCUUUCAUUCAAGUACUUAAAGACCACUCGAUUGUGCAAUCUUUGGACUCGGGUAUUGAUUACAGGCUCAGAGCAGGAUCUGGCAAGGAGAGGACUUACUUCAUCAAAGGGGAGGACGAUGAUGAUGCUGUUGACAAGGUUUUCAAGUACCUGUGCUCCAUGGAAAAUGACAUCGUCAGGCCCAAGAUACUUUCCAUUAAAGGAAGAAACGUAUCCUUCAAGAAAACUUGUGGACAAGUGAUUGAUUCUACGUUUGAUGAAUUAUGUGAUAGGCCUCUUGGUGCAAGUGAUUACCUAGAGCUCUCUCAGGCAUUUCACACAAUAAUAAUAAGGGAUGUUCCUCAGUUAAAUUUGAAGCUUAAAUCACAAGCUAGGAGAUUCAUCACACUCAUUGACACUCUGUACGAUAACAGAGUGAGAGUUGUAGUUUCUGCAGUGGCUCCUCACAACAGAUUAUUUUUACCUGAAGAAGAUACUGAGUACACGGACGAAAAACGAAUGCUAAUGGAUGAUCUGGCUAUAGCUGGUGGCUCAGAUAACCACAAGUCUAAUCUAUUCACUGGUGAAGAGGAACUCUUUGCAUUCGACCGGACAGUCUCGAGACUCUCAGAAAUGCAGACGAAGGAAUAUUGGGAUCAGUGGGAACACCACAGAUAACAUUGACAAAUAAUAGGAGUAAAAAUGUCGAUUGUUCUGCCAUAGUAAUAAAAU